CCCACCCCUCAUCCAUUCAUCCAUUCAACCCCCCUCUUAUCUACUAUCUAUCUAUCAGAUAACCAUAACCAUAACCACACCAUCUCCACAUCAACAACCACCACCUAUACUAUUCUAUACCUUCCCCCCUCCUCAACCACAAUCCCCUCCCCGAAAUCUUAAGAAGAAGACAUGCCCCCCACUCCCGAGAAAAGCAAAGAAACCCUAGAAGCCAAAUCGGCCUUCAGCGCGACGCUCCUCAACAUCGGCAGCACACAUGCCAGCCCGCUCGUGGAGCGCGCACACACCAUCACAGAAAAUGCGGCAGCGCUGGACAAGCAGCAAGCAGAGCUGGAAGCACAUACGGCUGCGCUGGCGAAGCAGAAUGAGAGCUGGGAUAAGUUGGCGGGGGAGGCGCGGGACGGGUUGAAGGAGAUCGGGGACGUGCAGAAUUGGGCGGAGGUGGUGGAGAGGGAGUUGUUGGUGUUGGAGGAGAUGAUGGGUACUGUUGAUGGUGGUGGUGGUGGUGAUGCUGAUGAUAAUGGAGGUAUUACUAGUGGUAGUAGUGGAAGUGGGAGUAAGACAGGAUCAUCAUCGUGGUUUAAGUGGUGGUAA